AUGUCCUUCUUUAAACCAGCUCCCCUGCUGUUGGGGAUCGCCCUGCUCUUCCUGCUGGUCAAGCCUGCCCACGCCUUUGGAGCUGGUAACAUUGCUGGUAUCUCCAAGGUCGAAGGCCAGAACUGGCGUCAUGGCGACAUUGAAGAUACCCUGCUCAAGAUCCUGAUGGCCCGCGCCGUUGGCGGCAAGAAGUUCGACAAGAUGAUGGUCUCCCGUGUCUACUUUGGCAACUGGCUGCGAGACUACAGCCAGGCCAUCGACGUCGGUACCGUCAAGUCCGUCUCGGCAGAGGCCAUCCGCCUGCUGCUUUGCGUGCUCGGCUUCCUCAGCUUCGGCUACGGUUCCCGCGAGUUUGAGGUCACUGCGGACCGGCUCGGCUGCUACCGCCCGGAGGACCACAUCGACAACCCCAAGAAUUAUGCGGACAACGUGGACGCCCGCCAGUACGACCGCCGCCUGAGAGGGCCCGUCGACGAGCGUGUUGAGCUGGCCAUUGAUCAGGAGACUGGCAUGAAGAACUACAUUGCCAACGAGCGUGCUAAUAUCAUGACGAGCGCUCUUCAUGUCCGAAGACUCUUCAGCAAGUGUAUCGAGCUAGCUCGCAACUACCAGAGAAACCGUAACAAGUCAGAUCUGUACGAGGCUCUUCGACUGUUGGGCACUGGUCUCCACUGCUUGGAAGACUUCUUGGCACACAGCAACUACACUGAAUUGGCCCUCAUUGAGCUUGGCGAGCGCGAUGUCUUCCCACAUGUCGGCUCUCGCACUGCUUUGCAGAUCCGUGGCGCUCGUCAUGAGGUCUAUCCUCUGGUCACCGGAACAUUUGGUGGUGUCGACUUCCUGCACUCUGUCACUGGCGAGGUCUCCGACAAGUUGACUCAGAACGAAAUCCAGGAGCUCGAGGGCACGCUCGAGGAGAGCCAGAACAAGGACACCAGCAUUCUCAGAGAUCUCCUCGAUAAGAUUCCCGACGGCCUCUUUGGUGGUGAUGACAAGAAGCAGAAGAUGGAUAAUAUCCAGCACAAUGCCAGCACCGCCCAAAUGCAGCAGAUGAAGGUCUCUCCACGCGAGCCGGAGGAGUACACGCAAUACGUGAAAUCCAUCUUCGAGCAGGUCAUGCCAGCCAUCGAGUUUCACGAUGACAUCAUCCAGAGCAUCUCAGAGGCCAUCGAUAAGAUCCCAAUCCUCCCCAAGAUCGUUGAGCAGCUCGAGGAGCAGCUUUCUGUCUUCGUCUUCUCCAUCAUUGCUCCAUUCAUUGUGCCCGUCAUCAACCAGGUCAAGAACGAGCUCCGCACCGGUUCCGAUGAGAUCAUUGAGAGCAGCAAGAAUGAGCAGCACAUUGUAUUCGAUGAUGAUCGAUCCACUGACCCUACUCACUCGAUGCUUUCAAAGGAUCACUUCUCUAACAUCUUGAACGAGAUCGCCGGUCAGACUGCCAGCAAGGUCGUUGGUUGGGUUGUUCCUCAAUUGAUGCAGGCAUGGGAUGACAGCAACGCAGACGUUGACCGGAUUCUGAACCGCAUCAUCUAUGGUGUUUUGCACCACCCAGCUCAACGCGACAUGGGUGACGAUGGCGCUCGUGAGGGCCGCCAGAUGAUGUUCCGAUCCGUUGAGGAGUGGUGGCAGAAUAUGGGCGAAGAUCAGAAGAGCGAUUACCGCCGCAAGCUCUCUCGAAAUGGCGUGCAACGUGGCGAGAACCACAAGGAGGGUGUCUACGACACUGGCCACGGACAUGGUUGCAGCGGCAAGCUUCAUAUGCACAAGCAGUUCGGCGGCGGCGAGAACACCUUGGAAGACAAGAUCGCCGGUGCUGCAGCGGGUGCUAUCAUGGAAGGUGUCACAGGCGGCAUUUCCAGCAUCGUGUCUGAACAGACCGGUGGCUCCGUCAGUCUGCCCUCAUACAAGAAGCCUCAGGAAGAGCAAAAGAGCGGCGGUUUCCUCGGAGGGGUUGCCUCCCUCCUCGGCGACGCCUUUAAGAAAGACGAAACCGAGACCUUCCAGAGCCGUCCGCAGAGACAGGAUGAUGGUGGCUACAGCCAGACCACCACGCAAUACGGCCACGGCCAGGAUACCUCGGGCAGUCGAUAUGGCCAGGCCGAGUACACCAAGACUGACUACGAUGAUGGCCGACAGACGACAGACUACAAACGUUAUGAACAGGACGAGGAUCGCCGCGGACACCAGUCAGGCGGCUUCGGCUACGAGGAGCGUCACGAGACUCGACCUGCCCAUGGCGGCGGCUACGAGGAGCGCGUCGAGAAGCGCUGGGAGGGCGGUGGAGGAAACGAGUACCGCCGCGAGGAAGAGACCAACAGCUAUGGAGGUGGCCGUCGCCAAGAAGAGUCCUACGGAGGUGGUCGUCGACAGGAAGAGUCCUAUGGAGGUGGUCGCCGUGAGGAGGAAUCUUACGGUGGUGGAUUUGGCGGAGGCCACCAUGGAGGACGACGUGAGGAAGAGUCCUUCGGAGGUGGAGGCGGCGGGUUCGGCGGUCACCGUGAUGGCCGUCGUGAAGAAGAACAGAGCGGCUGGGGAGAGCGCCGUGACGAGGGUGGCUUCGGCGGCGGCUUUGGUGGCGGCCGUCGUGAAGAAGAACAGAGUGGCUGGGGCGGUGGCCGUCGUGAAGAUGAAGGCUUCGGAGGAGGUCGUCAUGGAGGUCGCCGCGAUGACAACGAGGGUGGCGGUUUUGGCGGAGGCGACGGCGGCGAUUUUGUUGGCAAUCUCGUUCAGGAGGCCGCCGAGAAUGCUUUUGGUGGUGGUGGAGGACGCCGCCGAGACAAUGACGAGGGCCGCGGAGGUGGCGGCUGGUUCUCUUAG